AUGGCUUCUGGUUCCGCGUCUGACCCGCCCUCACCUCACAAUUCUUCAUGCUACGCAACCCUUCCCCAUGCUGCCGUUUCCAGCGCUUCUGUCACGCUAUUGCCUGAUAUCUCUCAAUACCACAUACCCAUCCCCUAUCCUCCCGAUUACAUCGCUUCUCAUUUUCCGACCCCAAAUUCCAACGCAGCCCCAACGACACCGACUGGAAGAGUCGCAGCAACGGUCACUGAGGUACCGAUCAAGCAUGAAUCAGAGGACUUCAUCGUCGUCCCCGCGGCACCGUCUGCAAGUGUCGCGGUGGCGGUCACCGAGAUGCCGAUCCCGCAUGAACUAAAACAAACAGAAGCUCCUGACAAGCCUAUCCUAUGUCCGGAGCAGCAGGAGGCCAUGGAUCUCGCUAUGCAAGGGCACAAUCUAUUAUCACUGGAUUCAAGGAAUCACCACACAGCUACUAACGCGUCGGAAAUGCAGGUCGGGCGGUUGGGGAAAUCAGUCCUCGUCAAAGCUCUCCGCGAUGAGUUCAGAUCCAGAGAGAUGGACACUCAUCUUCUUGCACCUACAGGCCAAGCUGUUGUCAAUAUUGGUGGGAGAACAACCUUUAACUACGCUGGGUGGACGCCCAGUGACUUGGCCAAACCCUUGAACGGAAAAGGGGGUCUCGUCGAGAAGGCGCGCAGCAAACAGGUCUUCACUCGAAUUGACGCAACUGAUGUGAUCAUCAUAGAUGAGAUCAGCAUGGUCGAGAAUCACUUUUUCGAGCGACUAAGCCGCGUCAUGAGUAUCAUUCGAAACGACCCUAGACCGUUCGGGGGUGUGCAAGUUAUUGUUGUUGGUGAUUUCUGCCAGUUGCCCCCGGUGAAACCAUUCGGACAUUGCAUGAUAUGCGGCAGUCUGAUGAACAAGACAUCGCGAAUCAGCUCCUGCUCUUCAUAUCCCCAAGAGCACGGUCGAUUCUCAGACGAUGAUAAAUGGGCUUUCAAGUCUCCAGAGUGGUCAAAGUGCAACUUUAAGUACGUGCACUUGAAACAAAUUCAUCGUCAACAGGACGAAGUGUUCGUCGGCGUUUUACAAAAGUGUCGACUUGGGAAACCCCUCUCGAAGCCAGAUGUCAACCUCCUCCUGGCACAUGAGACCGAUAUUGAGAAUGGCACCGAGCUUUACGCCACUCGAAAAAAGGUCGACACACACAACAAAAAAGAAAAUUUGAAGAACAAGAAUAAAGCGCGGAAAUACUUCUGUUUGGAUGACUUUUGCGGGCCUGAGAAUGCUGACCUGCCUGAGGAAUUUGUUGAAUACAAGGUAUUAAACCAACUAGCAAUGGCACCGACUUCGCAACGGCCAUUGAAGUGCCUUGAUGAUCACCGUUAUGCCAUGUGCUCGGAGCUCAAAGUAGAUAUGCCGGUCAUCCUACUCGCAAAUAUCGAUCUAGGGGCAGGCCUUUGCAACGGCAGACGAGGCAAAAUUAUCGGCUUCAAGCCCCUGGCAGAAAUGCCUAAACAACCCAGUCAUAAAAACUACAGACAUGACCCCGACGGUUUCAACGUAGCUCAGCAUCGAUAUGACCACAUGGUGACUUUCAUCGCAUCAAAAGUAACACCCCGAGAGUUCCCCGAAGUGGAAUUCACAAACGGGAUACGUCGCAUCAUUGGCCCCGACACCGCUGCUAACAAUAUUGGCAAAACAUCACCCUACUGGUUGCUAAGCCGCACGCAAAUCCCUCUAAUUCCGGGUUGGUCGAUGACCAUCCACAAGAGUCAGAGUCUAACUUUGGACCGUGUCACGGCGAAUUUGAGCAAUGUUUUCGAGACUGGGCAGGCUUAUGUAGCACUGAGCCGGGCUCGGUCUCUCAAGGGGCUCAAGAUAAAAGGUUGUACGAUAGCCAAGCUGCGGGACGGCAUGAUGGUUGAUCCUGUGGUGAAGGGGUUUAUGGACAGGAUGGAGGCUGCAGAAUCGAGGGAGAUUGCAGAAACAAGACCGUCUAUGAGAGACAGGUUUCUUGUGAAGCGCGAGGAGGCUGCAGAUUCGAAGGCUACCGGAGAAACAAUACCGUCUCUGAGAGAUAUGAGAGAUAGGUUCUUUAGGAAGCGCGAGGAGGUUGUAGAAAUCAAAGAAGAGCCCCAGGACCAACCUGCAUUCUUCUUUGAUUUACAGGGGGGAUAG